CCUCACCAAGAUGGCGGCUGUGGACGUGGAAGAUGAGAGUAUUUUGGCUUCGAUUUUUAAAGACAGUUUCCCAGUAAACUGGCGAGAAAACCCAGAUUUCGCGACAUAUCUAUCGAAGCUAAGCUCGUAUGGGGUAGAGAAGUUAAACAGGGAGCCCGAAAGGCUGUCGGAGGAGCGGGCUCAGAUUCUUCAGCUGACCCGAGAGCUGGCGUUCUCCAACUACAAAAUCUUCAUCCGCACAGCAGAGUGCACCAAAGAGAUCUAUCGGGACUUCGGUGUGGUGGAGAGUAGCGUCUCACGACUUCUAGAUAAGCUACCAGGCUUUGGGGAAAAAUGCAGAGGUUUUCUAAAGGAGGCAGAGGAGAUCGGAGCCAGUCGGCGAAUGAACAGCCUGACCCUGAAUCGGCACACAGAGAUCCUGGAGAUUGUGGAGAUCCCACAGCUCAUGGACACCUGUGUCAGGAAUGGUUACUAUGAAGAGGCUUUGGAGCUGGCUGCCUAUGUCAAGAGACUGGAGAAGAAGCAUUCCUCCCUUCCUGUUAUACAGGGCAUCGUGAAUGAAGUGCGCCAGUCUGCCCAGCUGAUGCUGAACCAGCUCCUCCAGCAGCUUCGCAGCAAUGCCCAGCUGCCAGUCUGCCUGCGCGUGAUCGGUUACCUGCGGCGCAUGGAUGUCUUCACCGAGGCCGAGCUGCGCAUCAAGUUCCUGCAGGCCCGGGGAACCUGGCUGCGCUCUAUCCUGGGCUCCAUCCCCACCGACGACCCUUACUUCCACAUCACUAAGACCAUUGAGGCCUGCCGGGUGCACCUGUUUGACAUCUUCACCCAGUACCGUGCCAUCUUCUCCGACGAGGAUCCCCUCCUGCCCACCAGCGGGCAGAUGGUGAACGAGAGUGCCAUCUUCCACGGCUGGGUGGUGCAGAAGGUGUCCGAGUUCCUUCAGACGCUAGAGACAGACCUGCAGCGAGGGGUGGGUGGCAGGCUGGAUUCUCUGCUGGGCCAGUGCAUGUACUUUGGCUUGUCCAUCAGCCGAGUCGGGGCAGAUUUCCGAGGUCAGCUGGCACCCAUGUUCCAGCAAGUUGCUCUGGAAACAUUCCACAAGGCUGUGCAAGAAGCCCUCAGCAAGUUCCAGGAGGAUAUGAAUCUCUACACUCUGAUCUCAGCCCCUGCUGUGCUGGGCAGCACCAUCCCUCAAGUGUCCCCCAGCAGCCAGCCUGGGACCCUGCAGCCUCCCAUGACACUCCUGGACUUCCCGCCCUUGGCUUGUUUCCUCAAUAAUGUUCUAGUGGCUUUUAAUGACCUGCGCCUCUGCUGCCCUGUCGCUCUGGCCCAGGAUGUAACCAUGUGCUUAGAAGAUGCUCUUGUCAAAGUGACAAAGGUUAUCCUGCUGUUCCACCGUGCAGAGGAGACUGCGUUCAGCAGCAGGGAGCGGGAGCUCUUCAUCCAGUUCUGUUCUGCCUUCACUGAGGACAUGGUCCCCUUCCUCAAUCGCUGCUUACAGGUCCUCUUCCCACCCGCCCAGGUUGCACAAAUACUUGGAAUCCCAUCAACUCAGGUUCACAAAUAUAUUUCCCUGGGUUGCAUCAAUAUGAACAUGGUUCUGGAGCCUCUGGAAUUCAUUUUACCCAAGAAGGAGCUCACCCCUGUUGGCCCAGAUACCAGCAGUGACCUGGAGACAAUGAUGUUGCCUGGCCCCCAGGAGGGGCUUAGUGCUGCAGCAGAGUGUAGUUCUGGACCAGUGGAAGAUCAGAAGGGUGAUGUGCCUGUUGAGCACACAGGUUCUGCUUCUACAAUUUCAACUGAGAACACACACGCAACUCUGAAUCAGAGUUGACAUAGUGAAUAAGAGUAAUCCAAGACCAACUCCGUGACUGUUCACGUUUAAGAGUUGAUAUGCAAGCUUCACUAUAACGAACCCCCAUGGGAUCUGGAGAAAUGUUCGUUAUGUCAGGGUGUUCACUAUAAUAGGGUUUGGCUUUUUUUUUUGUAUCAGAAUAAUCACAAAACGGCAAAUCUGAAUUGAGCAUCAUUAUAUAGUACUUUUAUGAAGAUUCCUUCACAUUGAUCAACAUUUAAAAGGUUUUGUGACAAGGUACUGGUGUCACGUGUGGGUAACCGCAUUGCAAGACAGAGAGACAUUGGAGUUUGAGUUGGAACGCCGACACAGGUGCGCAGGAUUUAUUAAACGCAAAACAGAAAGUAAACAACCGGUCAUAUGACGCUACCAACGAUUGUAACGCAGAGGACACAUACAGAAGGCAGGCAGACAAAGUCUCAAUCGAACGUCCGUCUGUAAUUAAUCAUUAGAUCAAACAUCCCAACACCAAAAAGCACACAAAACAAACCCGUUUCCACAUAUAAAUUACACCAACGCUAAUUUCCUCGUGAAGGG